GGUUGCCCUGAUCCUUGAGAGGUUUCCCUGCAAGUUGCAUUGCAAGUUGCAAGUACGCCAUGAGCCAAAACUUGUGAAAAGGGAGUGUAAUUUGUUUUCUAUUUAAAAUAAAAAGAUUAUAAUCUGACAGAAAAUGUCAUCCGCUGGUUCCAGUGGAUCGGGCCGAGGCAGAGGGGGACAAGCGGCUGUGGGCGAUCAGAAAGAAGCCAAAGAGAGUAAACCAAACCCCAAAAUGUCUAAAGCACUUGGCACAUCAGCAAAAAGGAUUCAAAAGGAGCUGGCAGAAAUUACACUGGAUCCACCACCAAAUUGUAGUGCUGGGCCUAAAGGGGAAAAUUUUUAUGAAUGGGUUUCUACCAUCCUGGGUCCACCUGGAUCUGUUUAUGAAGGAGGUGUGUUUUUCCUCGACAUUCAUUUCUCUCCAGAGUAUCCCUUCAAGCCACCAAAGGUGACUUUCCGCACUAGGAUUUACCACUGCAAUAUCAAUAGCCAAGGAGUAAUUUGUUUAGAUAUUUUGAAGGACAACUGGUCUCCAGCUUUAACAAUUUCUAAAGUUUUAUUGUCAAUUUGUUCCCUGCUGACUGACUGCAAUCCAGCCGAUCCACUGGUUGGAAGCAUAGCCACCCAAUACCUGCAGAACCGUGAAGAACACGAUCGUAUUGCACGAUUGUGGACCAAGCGAUAUGCUACGUGAUUCCUUUACAUCUUAUUACUUCCACUCGUGUCACUCCCCUUUGCCAAGAAUGGCAAUUAUUUUUUCAUGGACCCAUUAUCAUUUUUGUCCCAUCUUCAAUGUUCAUAUAUACCCUAAGUUUGUUUGUACUACCUGGUUUAGUUGUAAGUAGGUUAAAUAAAAUUUGCUGUAAAAAUAUACUCCUUGAAAACUUGUUGUAGUCUUGAGUUGGUACUUGAAAGAGUUACCAUUGUUAUUAUAAUUGCAGGUAUCUGGAAACACUUGGAAAUUGAAACAAAUAUUUGAUACAGGAUGUUUCUGAACUAGAAAUACUUGAUACAUCUUGACGCUUCACAUUCUUUUAUGUAAUGAUUCAACAAUGAAGGUUUUGCCUAUUUGGAAACACUAUGUGUAUUUUUGAAGCAGGGAUUUCUAUAGAUAUAGUGGGGUACACUGGAAAAAAUGCAAUCAAUCAAAAAAUCAAAAAUUGUCGAAACAUUUAGUCACACUCAUUUGAACCUUCAUUACUAAUCUUAAGUCAGAAUGCUGAACUUCACAAAAUUCUGCUAACUUGUUUUUUCUUUUCAGAGACAAAACAAAAUAAUAUAUUAAUUAGUUCAUUUUCCACAUGAACUCGCAAGAGUAGUAUGUAAUUUAAUUUUUCAACCGAGUUAGGAAUCACACGAUAAAAGGUUAGACCUCGUUAGUCAUUAGCUCGCACAAGUUUUUCAACUUCUGAGAGUUAUCGUUCGUAUAGGGGUGACAGCUGAUUAACGGAAAAACAGAUUUUUCAAACACAAUUGUUUGUUUAUGAAUGGUCCUUCUAUACCACAUAUGUAUCUAUGUUAAUUUUUUCCCCCUUUGGUUUGCUACUUUUUUCAUUGACUGAUUAUGUUAUCGACUAAUAAGUAGUACCUUUUAAAAACGCCAUAUGGCAUAAUUCAAAAUUAACUUAUUUUUAUUCAAUGAAUCCAUUAUUGGAAGACUUCCAACUCAAGUUACCAACUUGAGAACAAUGCAAUAAUAAUUAAAGUACGAAAAGUUCUUAUUAGUUGUUUGUAAUUUAUAUUUCAAAUAUUUUUUAUAAUUCCUGUACUUGAAUUACACUUUGUAAAAGCCCAAAUUUGUUUUACACGAAAAAACAAAAAUGUCUGCCUUAUAACCUAAUUUAUAGCAUUUAAAUUUUUUGAGUUGAUUAGAUCAUCAUCAAAUUUCAAUUGAGAAAAUUCAAAUGGCCCCAUCUUUUUUCUGACUAUGCUCUUUUUAGUGCAAUUAUUGAUUUUUUGGUAGAUUGCUAGUGAAAAACUAUUAUUUUUCUUUGGAUGUGAUAAGUAUAUUUAUUAUUUAGUAAUGUAUAAACGUAUCAUAUUGGCAAAAACAUUACUCCCAACUGCUUUCGUAAAGUUACUUUUUUACUAAAUUCUAAGAGAAUAUGGACUAUUCUUCUAGUGAGUACUAUUUAGUUGAUAAUUGUAAUAAUAAAUUUUAGAAUGUA